AUGGGAUCGAUCCGCGACCUAGAGGGGAUCCAGGUUCUGCGACUCUUCCUCCGACUGGGGUCGGUGAGAUCAAAGUUGAUCUCCCGCCGUCGGCCUACGUCUACUUCCAGGUGGGUUGGAUCGCCAAGCGCCUCGCCGUCGACGACUUCCGCGGCGUCCAGUCCUGCCAGGAUCGGACCACAUUCCAGGACAAGAUCAGAAGACUGGUACGGAUGAUGAUCAGACUGAUAAAUAAUCAUUUAUCUACUCUUUUUAGCUUCCCGGAUUUCAUUUCUUCUUGAAGAAUUAUUUACCGGAAAAGCAGAGUUACCUGUGUUUUAUUAAGGGAAUUGAAUUACGUCCGGGUGAGUAUCAUUCUUGCUUGAUUUCACUGUUCCGAUCAUUCGAGGAUAAUUAUUGAUGAAUUUCGGUCUCGAUAAAGUGCAGAUUACUUUGAUACAACUCUGAAAAUCUCUGAAAAAUUUGCGAUGUUCUUUCCUAAUGCCCUUCUAUGAACUUUUCAGACCUUUAGUUUCGUCAACCAGAUAAAUUAUAUAAUUCAGGAAAACUAAAUUACGACUGUUUCACGCGAAGUAGUCUGGGAUGUACUGUGAUAAAUCUAUUGCGUCCUCAAUGGAUUCCAUUCAGCAGAGAUCAGAUAAAAAAAAUCAAGUAAUCGAUGCACAGCACCGAUAUAAUUGUAGGUUCCUCAAUUUUUCGGAAUCCUAUUUUUCGCAGGAGCAAUAUAUGGUGGGAUUAACCUGGAAAUUAUAGUAUAUUACCUGAUUCAUGCCAUUCAUGUUUUGAGAUUCAAGCAUAGUCGCUGUGGCAUGUAGUAACCUGCCAAUUUUAUUCUUUCGCUUCUUCUUUUCACCUGCGUUUUCAAUGGGUUUCCUACUCAUUUCAAACUAUGAUAUAGAGGGCCCUCGUCAGAUCGAGAGACCAGUCGUGAUUUAAUCUAGCUUUUUUUCUUCUUGUUCCUCAUAGAUGAACAACUUUUCUAACUUUUCCCGAAACAUAUGUCGAGGAUCGAAAAAACAUCAAAUGGCUCUUCUGAGUUCACUUAAUAUAUCACUCGAAUCAAGGAUGAACUUCGCAUGCUGCUUUCUUUUAAACAAUAGGAUGGUUUAUCAUAGGAUAGGAUUCUUUUGUAAAUCUUCUGCUAUCACAUCAUAAUCUCAUUUAAAGCUGCAGAGGAGACGCUAAUCUCAGAGCCAUUCUCCAUUUAACAAACCAGGAAACAACGAGGCUCAAUCGAUUCCCUAUCCGUCUUAUGUUCCAUGAAACAUUGUGCAGACCUUUCUAUACUCUACAUCUCAUAUUAAACCGUUCAAAGAAAAUUAAACCAUCCAUGUUUACGUUUUUUUUCUUAAACUUCACUGGAAAUCUCUCACGAGUCUCUUGUGGCUGAUACACCUCAUUUUCUCAGUUUCCUGAACCUCGCUUCGAACUGGAGGACUUGAUCACAGGAGAUAUUCACGUCUCAAUCUAG